UUUUUGAAAAGAAAAUACGAGAACGGAAAAUAUUUGGGUCAAAUGAAAUACCGGACUGUCAAAGGCCCAGGAGGAAUUGACGAUUAGGGCUUCACAGCGCGUAAAUUACUGAAAGUUUUGUCAUUUCGAUCGCCAUUUUUGAUUUCGUUUCUCUCUCUCUUCUAAUCGCACCCUCUUUCUCUCUCAUCAACAUCUCUCAGUAGCCAUGGCGAUGCGAUCUUGUGCCGCGAAGUUGAUGAAUUCUUCUGGAUCUAUCUUAUCCAGACCAGCAAGCCGAGAAAUUCACUCAAGUGGGAUGAAAAUGAUGGGUGGACACGGUCAUGACGAACCAUUUUAUUUGCAUGCAAAGCACAUGUACAACUUGGACAGGAUGAAGCACCAGAAGUUGAAGGUAUCUCUUAGUGUAUUGACCGCCUUUAGCAUUGGAGUCUUUGUUCCUGUAUAUGCAGUCAUCUUCCAGCAAAAGAAGACUGCAUCCGGUUAAUUUCAUUUUAUGGUAGGAAGUUAUGCAGACUACCUGUUUUGUCCCCUGUAUUGAAAGAACAUGAAUUUUCAUGUCAGUUUAAGCUCUGCCCUAAAAUACUUCUUUGCUAUAACUUUGGAAAGAUGCAUUUAACAAUAAGUUCUUUCUAAAUAUUUCUGCUUAAUCAGCUACUAUACUGGUGAUUGUAAUGGUUUUGGGUGAAUGAAAUUCGUCUAUUUUGGUUAUCUAAAA